AUAUCAGUGCGCCAGAGCGGUUAGUCUUAGACUUGUUGCCGGUGGCUCACGUUAAAGUGUUGAAUAACCUCAAGGAGCAACACUUAAAGAAUACUUGCUUUAGAUUAGCGUUAACUAAGUUAUCUAUGUUAGAUAGUUUACUACUUUUCAAAGCUAUAAGCUUUAACUUGUCACCCGGGAAGCUACAGAGUAAACAGUCCAAUAGUUCAGCCCUCUGUAGCCUGAACAGUAAAAGUAGGCCAAGCUUGCAACAGGUAAGCUACACCUGUGGCUCUAGCUGACCUUCAUGACGGCACUGAGCAGACUGGGCUCGUCUGGGCACCGACUGCGCAUGCCCGCGGUUUAACAACUUGCUGCUGAAGCGGACAAGUACAAAGAGGCUGCUGGUGGUGCGGACGGGACGUGUCAUGCGCCACGGGGCUAAAAUCUAACCUCGUUGAGUUUGACGUGAAGUUGCUUGCUUAUCGGGACGAUUUACCCUCCAAGAACUUGACUCCAGCGACAAUCGGUUGAAUUAAGAGCGGGAAGGUCUUGCAUUCAAGUCCAAAAAGAGCUUGGGAGUCACUUGGCGUCGGGUUGCAUGGUAAUCUGGACUUGAUGCAUGGCAGUUGCAUGACCGCAGUGAGCCUUGUUGCGGGACUGAGAGCACACAGCUGCAGCCAUGGCUCAAACCAUGCACAUGAAUGGCAACGGCCCAGAAAAAGAACAAAGAUGCCUAAGCACAGAAGACGAGAAGGACUCUGUGGACCCCUACCAUGUUGAAACGCCCUAUGGUUACCAGCUAGACCUGGACUUCCUCAAAUAUGUCAAUGACAUUGAGAGGGGCAAUACCAUUAAGAAGCUGAGUAUCCAGAGGAAGCCCAAAGUGGCCAAACCCUUGUCGGUGCCUCGGGGCAGCACUGGCGGGGCCAGCACUCAGGCUGAAUGGACUUCCACAGACUCUCUGUCCUCCUCCAACAGCGAUGACAAGCAGUCUCCUGUCUUCUUCAACCCCAGGCCCCAGGUCGCUGUGCCACUGACCCCCACCCUCUCCAGGGCAACCUGUGAAGUCCCCUUGCAACAAUCCCACUUCAACACCACAGAGCAGAAACAGCUCCUGCCACCUCCUUCGCCCAGGCUUGCCACUCGUCACAAUCCCCAAGUGGAAAGGACCCUCAUGGAGACGCGUCUUCGGCUCGAACAGGAGCGGAUGCUCAUACAGCCACACAGCGAGCUUCCGAUGCCCCCCCGUCGUCUCGCCAGCUUCGGUGGCAUGGGCUCGAGCAGCUCCUUAUCCUCUUACUCUGGUUCCAUGGCCCCGAGCCAGAUAUCUCCCAGCACCCAACAGCCUCUUCUAACCAACGGUCACCUCCCCAAUGGGGAUUAUAACCCCUACUACCCACCAUCCAUGGGCAGUUCCAUCCGCCACAGCCCCAUGAGCUCUGGCAUGGCCACGCCUGUGACAAAUGUCAGCCCGUUACACCUUCAGCAAAUUCGGGAGCAGAUGGUUGUGGCCCUCAAGAGGCUGAAAGAGCUAGAGGAGCAGGUGAAAACAAUUCCUAUCUUACAGGUUAAGAUUGCUGUUCUUCAGGAAGAGAAAAGACAGUUGGCUUCUCAGUCCAAAAAUCAAGGUCCUGGUGGUUUCCGCAAGCGAUCCUACAGUGUAGGCAGUGCUGACCAAAUGGAGAACCCUGGCCCCAUCCAAAAGGAAACAGAGCUGCAUAUCAUGGAGCCUGAAGCCCAGGAACAGAGUGCACAGCAGUUGGAGGAGUUCAGACGUCUAGCUGCUGAGGUCCAAGCUCUGGAGAAGACAACCCAGGAUAAUAAUGUAACCGAAAUUCAGCCCCACAAACUCACGCAAAACCAAACUCACCAAAAGUCCAUCGGCAUAGUUACUGACGAAAACAUGAACAACCUUCCUGUCACUCAGAGGAAGUUGACAAAUAAACAUAGUUUCCAGGACGUGGGAGUAUCGACGGAGCGGCAGGAAAUGCGCAGUGUUAUGGUUGGUGUAACUGAGGCCAUGUUGGGCACGACCAGUGAAGCUGAGAAAGAGAUUGAGCUCCAGCAGCAGACCAUAGAAGCACUGAAGGACAAGAUCUACCGCUUGGAGGUGCAGCUGAAAGAAACUACACACGAAAUGGAAAUGGGAAAGCUAAAACUGGAGCUCCAAGCUGCUGGUGGGUCAAAUAAGAAAAAAGCAGACAAAGGUUUCAUGGCCAGGCCUGAGAUGUACAAUGCCUGUGUGGAGGCCAAAGUCCAGAUGCGCAGCCAGGGAGUGGGUGACCAUCUGGAAUUCAGCCAUGCUAAUGCUGCUAAGACUGUAGAAAGCCACACUAUAGGAGUGUCCUGUCAACCCAGUGUGCAUAGUGUUGCUACAGGCCCAGAGAUCCCUAUGGACCGGUGGGUGGUGCAUGAGCGUGUUGAGGUAAACGACCAGUGUGUAGGGAGACGAGUGGAGACAUGUCACCAGCAGGUUGGCGUGGAGCUUAGUGUUUGUGAGGUGGGAGUUAACACAGAGGAAUCGGUAGACAGCUUGGUUCUCUGCAAACCUAUGAUGGAGUUGAGCAAAGAGUCAAGAUCAGUUGGCUGUGGAGAUAGUUCAGUGGACGUAGUCGUUAGUCCUAUCAAGACGAUGAUGUCACAGGGAACUGACCCAGAUUUUCUCAGCAAAGUGGACUCUGGUGUCAUGGCUGCUCCUGAGUCAGCAAAUCAACAGACCAAUACAGAGACAGAGGUUGUAAGUAAAUCCACCAACACAAAAACGGCUGUCUUGACUGACUCUUUUACCGAUAUGGUGUUGAUCACUUGUGACAAGCACACCAACACGGCUGUGACUGAAACGAGGACAGUCGCUGCUGGGGAAGGACUUGUCAAAGAUGUUCACUCAACAACAAACAUGCGUUCGAUUGCUGUUGGAACCACCACUGAUGCUGACGCAUUCCUUGGCAAGUCAAACUCUACUAAAACCAAAGAAUGUGGGGUGGGACCAGUGAGUAUCCGUGAGAACUUCUUGGUUGGCUUAAAAACCAGGAGCAUAGCAUGUGGCCCCUCCCAUCUGACUGAAUCUGUCACAAGCAGCAGCAAAAAGACUGUGGAGGUUGCUGCACCACUGCAAGCUGAGGCCCAGGGUGGUGUCAGACUGGACCAUUACAUCGAGAGGGUGCAGAAGCUGCUGCAGGAGCAGCAAAUGCUGCUAGCAGAGAACUACAGUGAGCUCGCAGAAGCUUUUGGUCAGCCCCAGUCACAGUUUGGAUCCAUCAAUAGUCAGCUGGUCAGCACACUAUCAUCCAUCAACUCCGUCAUGAAGUACGAAAGCGCUGAAGACAUCCUCAAGCUGCAGUCAGAAUCUGUAAACUUAAACAAAGAGAGCAGUCAGCAGCAGUGCAGCCAGUCUGUCCGGGCUGAGCUCUCACGGGUGGAGAAGCUUCCAGCAGGCUGGAGUCGUGCAGGUAAACUUUCCAACACACCUGCAGAGCAGCAGCAGACCAGCGCAGCGGAACAGAAGAGCCGUAUGGACCUGCAGAUGUCUACAGCGCUACAUGGCCAGCCGUGCAGCCAGAACACCCUGAAAUCCAUCAUGAAGAAGAAAGAUGGCCGACCCGACUCCAACUGCACCAAGAAGAACCUGCAGUUUGUUGGAGUGAAUGGAGGGUAUGAGACUACGUCAAGCGACGACUCCAGCUCAGAGGACAGCAGCUCCUCUGGGUCUGAGGAGGAGGAGGAGGAGGAGGAGGAGGAGAAGGAGAAGGAGUAUGGAGAUAAGAAGGAAAAUAAGGACGUGGAGGGAAAGAGCACCAGGGAGGAGUUCCAGCCCGAGCGAGCCGAGGAUGUGGAUAAGAAGGACGAAGAGGAAAGUUCAGAGAAACAGGAGAUGAGAGAGAGAUAUGAGCUAAGUGAGAAGAUGCUGGCUGCAUGCGGCGUUCUCAAAACUCACCUCAGUGACACGAAGGCUGUGAGCAGUAAAGACGUGAGAGCCUGUCUGAACACGGUGCAGCACGAGUGGUUUCGUGUGUCCAGUCAGAAGGCGGCGAUGGCGGCCAUGGUGGAGGACUACCUGGGAGCGUUCAGGGCCAUCUCACCGGACGUGCUGCGUCACAUCAUCAACAUGGCCGACGGCAACGGAAACACGGCGCUGCACUACAGCGUGUCACACUCAAACUUUCAGGUGGUGAAGAAGCUGCUGGAUGCAGAUGUGUGUAAUGUGAACCAGCAGAACAAGGCGGGUUAUACACCCAUCAUGCUGGCUGCUCUGGCUGCGGUGGAGACGCCCAAGGACAUGCGUAUUGUGGAGGAACUCUUCAGCAAGGGCGACGUCAACGCUCGAGCCAGCCAGGCCGGUCAGACGGGGCUGAUGCUGGCGGUCAGUCACGGCAGGAUGGACAUGGUUCAGGCCCUGCUGGCUCAAGGAGCUGACGUCAACAUACAGGACGACGAGGGCUCCACGGCGCUGAUGUGCGCCAGCGAACACGGACACGUGGAGAUCGUCAAACUGCUGCUGGCUCAACCCGGCUGUGACGCCACACUGAGUGACAGCGAUGAGAGUAAUGCCCUGUCCAUCGCUCUGGAAGCAGGACACAAGGACAUUGCGGUGUUGCUUUAUGCACAUGUGAACUUCUCCAAAGCCCAGUCACCGGGGACACCUCGACUCGGCAGAAAGAUGUCACCAAGUCCCACUCGGAGGGGCAUGUUUGAUUAGAGGCCUCGCCACUCCCCACAAACCCUGCGCUGCUAUUGGUUCACGCUGAACGAUGCUGUACCCACAGCUGGAUGAGGGAUUUCAUCCCGAGCACCAACCAACCAACGAGCUUUCUGGAAAUGUUUUAUAUUUACGCACACACUUGUUUCUGUGACAAGCCCAAAGUGACCUUUGAGUAUGAAUGUAACCAGCUGGUGCCUCAAGUCCCAUCACACUCUGGCUGAAAUAUCUCAAACCAAGACACAAAUUCAUCCACUAAAUGCCAUUUUAUUCCUUCUUUUCUUCAAUUUAGUUUUUGUGGCCUCUUUUUUCAAUUUGACAACCUUUUUUUUUAUUUCUAAUGCUCAAUGUUGAUCAUUCAAGAGCACCAGAACAUCUUCAUUUGUGGCUAAUUUUUCUUGAUUUUUUUUAAGUGCAUCAUAGUAGACAUACAGAGAAUAAUCCACCCACAUAUUAGAGGAAAUAUAUCCUAUCUCUCAUACACGUGCGCCCAGGUCAUCACUACAUGUACAACUCAUGUGGAUGAAUGCAUCAAUGAGAAGACGUGACCUAGACUGGAGAAAUUGUACUUCUAUACAAAUCCUAUGUAUCUAUUUAAAAAGAAGAAUCACAGUAUUUUGAGUAUGUCCUAUUAAUACGUAACGACCCAUGAAGUUAUAUAUUUAUCAAAGUAUAGUUUUUAAUGCAGAUAUAUGUAUUUCAUUGUACAUACGGUGGUCAUUAGAGUUUAGUUAUUCUCCUUUUUGUCCAGUUUCUGUCUCUCAUGUGUAAAAUAUGCUGCUUGUCUUCUAGUAUUCAUCAAGGUACUGACUUUCUUACUCAAAUGAGAAUUGAAGUGCCUGAGACUUUGCCAUAUAACAGUAAACAUCAAUUAAAGAAUAGA